AUGAAAUAGUUGAAAAAUUAGAACUCAAUUUCAUUAUCCCCAAGGUAUCAAAUAUCAAUAAGAAAUUUGUUAAAAGUUAGACAAGAACCAGAAUAAGAUGAUAAGUUAUAGACUUGGCAAUAAAUAGAUAAUUAUUUUAAUUAUUAUGCUUAAGAACCACAAUAAUAAACAUUAAAUGCUUCUCGAACAUCAAUAAAACUAGAUCAAUAAGUCAAUUAAACUUAUUUAGAAUAUUUUAAUAAAAAGUAAAAAGAAAUGAAGCAUGAUGCUUUCAGCAAUAUUAUUAAAUCUUGUAGCGAAUACUUUAUUGAUACUCUAUAUAUUGCAUUGAUUGGUGAAUCAUUGAGUGAUAAGUGUGAUAAAAUUGGUACGAUUUCUUAAAUUUUGAUUGGUUUUGGCAUUCAACCUGGAGCAUUAAAAAAUUUAAACGAAAGCGAAAAAAGAGAAUAUAUAAUAAAAAAGUUUAAUUAUACAAUCGAUGCUUUACUUGAGAAAUGGAAGGAAAAAGUUGAAAGUAGAUAACAAUAAUAAAUAACAACAAAGGUAGAAACAAAGAUAUAACCAUAACCUUUGAAAUGGUUAAAUAUCAAUACAAAGUAUCAAUCACUUAAAAUUCCUUUAGCACAAGUGCUAUAUCGAAAAUUAGAUGAAUUACAGGAUAUUUAAUAGAUGGUAAUAAAAUAAAGAUAGAUAAAGUUAAAUGAUAUCACAAGACCGACAAUUCUGGAAUUGAUAAAAAGGAUGGAUCCGUAAAUAGGUAAACUAUUUAUUUCUUUGAAUUUCUCUAAAAAUAUUGAAUUAUCAAAGACUUUUAAAAAGUAGGAUAUAAAUCAAGGUAGUAUAAUAAAAAAGAUGCAGAAGUUUUAAUGGGAUGAAGAAUUGGAAGGGGCAUUCUUGGAAAAUAGAUAAAGAAGUCAAAUUAAGUACGCCAAUAAAAUAUCAACUUGUAAUUUUAAUAUUAUGGGAUAUUUACCAUUAAUCUAAACAUUGAAUCGUCGUAAAAGUAUGAGAUCUGAUGGAAAUGAAGAUGAAGUGAUAUACGAAGAAAUCAAAUUCGCAAAAUCAUUCAGCAAAUUUCUAGCAAGAUGUGUUGAUAAAAAAUAAUUAUAACAUGCUGUUAAUUUAGUAGACAAAGAUUAAAUUUCAGCUUUGGAAGGUAAUCUAGCAGAGCAUAUUAUUGAAACCCACUAAUGCAUUGUCAAAAUUAUAUAAUAAGCAAGACAUUAAUUUCUAGUCAAGAGAACAUAGUAUUUAAGGUUAAAAAGUGAAGAAAGGGAGUGCAGUUUUAAAAGGCAAGUAAGAAAAGUAAGUGAAAAAAAAGAAAUGAAAGUAAAGAUCAAGAGAUAUGAGAUGAUUUAUAAACGAAAUAAGAAUAGAAAUUUCUAUGUAAUAUAUUUUGCAAAUAUUGUAAUGAAUAAGAUUAGAUAAAGAAGAAAACGAUUAUAACCAAAAAUAUUUUAGUUUAAAAUAUAUUAAAAGGGCAGCAAAAAGUGUUCAAAAUCGCCAACUUAAGAGAAAAGACAAAGGUGCAUUACUGAAUUUUCAACAGGACCUAUAAGAUUCAAACCAACAAAAUUGUAAAUGACAGCAAGAAUCAUCAUCAAGAUUUAGGCCUUAAUCAGGAGAUUUUUGGCUUAAAGAUUCUAUAAGAAGCUAAUUAAAAAUAAAUUGAAAAAAGUGUUAAAAAUACAUAAAUAACAUUAAAUAGUUAAAUUUUGA